GUUCUGCUUGUAUUCAAUUAAUGAAAUACUCCCAGCCCAAAUAUGAAUAAGUUGUGAAAAUAAACGUAGAUCUAAAUACGGUAAAGCUUGCAGACCAAAGUUCGUUCAGAUUCGCUAGAUCUAUUCUAGACUCAGCACUAAUUUAAACUGCUGCUUCAGCAGAAGUCAACACCCAUGACAAAGCAAUACAGUUUUAACAUCUAUUUAAAAAAAUGCGCUUCAACUCAAAAGAGCUGUCUUUACUUGUUCAGCAGACGUCAAAAUAUGACAAAGAAGGAUAUCUAAUGAUGAAAGAAAAACAAGAAGGAUUCUUUAAGAAACAGGAAGCCUAUGUGAAUAGAUAUGUCAGACUAAGAGGAAAUCUUCUUUUUUAUUUUAAAAGCAAAGAUAGUAAGUCAGAGCCUCUGGGAGUUGUAGUGUUGGAAAGGUGUGCAGUAGAACUGGCUGUAGACCAAGAAACCAAGAAUGGUUUUCUAUUGGUUUUUGAGGGUGAAGAUCAGCCCUUUCGGUUUGAUGCCCACACAGAGGAGAUUAGGGAUGCAUGGAUCCAGUGCCUUCACAUUGCUAGCCAUGAAUGUCUCAAGAUGCAGUUACAGAGCCUCAGGGAGCAGCUACACACAAAAACUGGCACUGACCCUGUCCAGCUUCCAACAGAGUGUAACUCCAGUGUGGACUUUGAAUCUCAUUCAGACAAUGCAAGUCAAGAGCCUGUUAUUGAAAUAUCUUUAGCUUGCUCUGGUCUCCCCAAUGACACCUCUGAUGUGGCCCCCAAUGCUCUUGUUGUUGUCCACACCAUGUUGCCACCACAGCAGCAAAUCUGGAUGCACCACAACCAUACAGAGAUCAUAGAGAAAGACAACAACCCCCAUUUUCUGAAGACAAUAGGUUUUGGGGAUAAGUUUGGAAUCGACACAAGCACUAGAGUUCGGCUGACUGUACACAAUGUUGUGGAAAGGAUGACUGGAACUAUGUCUCCCAUUGGUCAAACCACUUUCACAAUACAGGAUUUGUUUGCCAACAAUGAUUUAACCUUGACCCUCAAGCUUAGUGGUAAUAGGUCAAAGGAUUGUGGAACAGUUAGAGUUACAGCUUGGAUUAAUGAUGACAAGCUGUCAGUGGCACAGCUCCAGAAUCAAAAGGAGGGGACUUACAACAGACGAACCAAAUCAGCCUCCAUCAAAAAUCAAUCUCAUCAACUGCAGGCCCAUUUCAAUGACAUCAUAAAACGGUCAUUUCGUUUUGCCACUAACAGCGAGAGGUCAGAAAUCCAGGUCUCGGAGUACAUGGCCGAGAGCAAGUGGACUUUUGAGCUGCCAAUACAGUUGUUACACCUUUGGGUACAAGAAGAAAAAUGUAUGAUCUCCAUGCUGCAAGAUCUAGGGGAGUUUGCGUUUGAUGAAAACUUUGCCAAGAAAGAAGCGGCUGAUUAUUGCAUGAGCCUGAUUGUGUCUUAUAGCCAACACGAGUUGCACCUUCGAGAGUUUGCAGGCAUCACUUUCAAAAGAAGUGCAGACAAAGGGAAACUGGAGCUGGAGUUUAUUCCUAUCAACCUCCAUGUGGAGAGAAUGGUGGUGUCCUCGGACUUCUCUACUCCAGGGAAAAUGUAUGACAUCACAACUGUGGGGGCCUUCUCGACCCACUGCAGGGAGAUGAAGACUGGGGGCCUGAAACGUGUGCUGCACCAGAUCAAAGCCAGUUUUACACCAGACAACUCCUCCCAGCAGUUUACCAAGAUACAACGGGCUUGCAAGUACCUCAACGAGGUGACUGAACUAAAACAGGAAAUGAAGAGACUGUCUGACCAGAUGUACGAGUCCGCGGUCAAUCAACAAACCUCUUUGGUUCAUGAAGUGAUGGCCAUUGUGAAAGAAAAGAUAGCUCAAGUUAACAGCCUUUGUGAGGAGCCAGUAGUGGUUGCGGCAGCAAACGCUUACCUGUCUGCCAAGCGAAAUGCAAAUGUCAGUGAUGGGGCGGACUCAUCGUCAUUAAAGAACUUGUCAGUGGAGAAGACUAGAAACAGUGAACAGAAGUGGUCUGGUAGCAGCUGUGUCAAGUCACCAACCAUGGAGCCAUGGGAAGUGACCUGUGUGAACUUGAAAGCUGCAUUUGUUUGUCUACAGUCUGUGGUAGACAACUUCAGCAAGACUGAGAAAACCCAAGAACUGGUGGAGGAAAUAAAACCAGCGUUGACCAAGGUGCAGGGCCUUUUGGACAUUGUGUGGGCCCGGCUGUCUUUGUUUCUUACAUUCUUAUGCAUCAUGGAGAAUAAAGGUCAGGUGAAACAGGCUCAUGAAGCUAAAAUCCGGAGAGAUAUUGUUAAUGCCCACGCUAUUACCACACUAGUUAGCACCUUCGCUGCCAUGACAUUGACCAGCAAGAUGAAGGACCCCCAGUUCUUAAAGCAGCUGUCCACUGUUGGCAUUCUCUGUGAGCUGGAGGGGCUUCUCAGCUGCUAUGGGAGUGAGCUCUGCAUGCUGGAGGACAUGAUGGUGGCAGUGGAUGAUCUGAACUUUGUCUCAUUUCGUUUAGUGCCCCUGAAAAAUGAGGAUUACACCCCGAGAGCUUCCUUAGGAUGCUUUGUGAAAGAAGGUCCCUACCCAGACAUUUACAGGCAUAACAUCAUCAUAGACAUGCCAGUAAAUCAAGAGGUUUUCUCCCUUCUGCCCAAAGAACUUCAGGCCGGAAAAGAGAUUCCAGUUUCUGCCCUUGCCUUUAAUAUAGGCAUCAAUGAGCAAGCCACUUUAGCAGAAAAAUUUGGCAGUACGGCAUUGCAAGAAAAAUUAAACAUAACUUCCUUUGCCAAACUGUAUGAGUACUACGUGCACUAUUCAAAACACUUUGAGGAUCCAUUGGAUAAAAGCCAUGGAGUUGGUUCCCUUAGUCACAUGAUCAAAAUGCUGCAGAGCAAUGUCAUGAGCAAGAAAAGUAAAAAUGUAGAAGUCCUCCACACAGCUGCUGAAGUGAUUCGAGCCAUGAAUGGCCUGAGAAUAACAUUCUGUAAAAGUGGAAAGGACAGAACCUCCAUGGCAGUCACAUUGGAGAUGGUGCAUAUUCUUCAGCGCCACCACAACCUGGCAUCCCAUGUCUUUAUACAAUCUUUGGACUGCUUACGAAGUGUUGGCUGCCGAAGAGAGAACACAUUAAAAAAUACAGGAGUGAAGAAAUAUGCUUUCAUUAGUCUACAAAUGUUAUACAUUCCCAAACUGUACAGAGCGCCCAGCGGAACAUACGGAAAUGUGCAGACGUGAACCGGACUUAAGGAGGCUGCACUAUUCACAGUUUUUAUUAUAUUUAUUACCCACCAUAUUACGUGGUCAUAAUACGACCAAGUUUGUGAUAUAUUGUAUAAUAACCCUGUGUAUGUUACUUUACAAUGAAGUGUUUGUUAGAACAAAAUUAACAGCUGUGAGACAAUAGUCCUGAUACAAAUGAUUUCAUGAGGUGCGCAGAAGGACUGGUGGCUGAAGGUUAUUUUUAACCUAUGGAAAGCCAGAACAAUUAUCUGAUUGUAUUGUUUUAGCAAUAUUGCCUGUUUUGUUUUUCUAAGUGGGUUAUAUAAAAACAUUGAUAUAUCAAAGUCUUGCAGAGCUUUGGUUAGUGUGAUGUAUCAAACUUCCGGGGAACAUUUUGAUUGUUUUAUGCUUGGCACCUAGAUUUCAAUAGAUGUUCAUCGCCUUGCUGGAAGACACUAGACGUUUAAAUUACCCGAUGAAGCUAAGAAACCAAAUUGAUCCAUAAAAACAUUUUCGAAAAAAAAAAAAUGCUCAUAAUUUAUUUUGUAUACUAUUUUUUUUAGUGAAUGAUUUUAUCAGACUUGGUCAUAUUGAAAACCAGUUCAUGGAGGUUAAAACAGAACAAUGUGAUGUUAAUUUGAAAAGCUAAGAAAAUCUGGUGGAAAGGUGAAUUCAGUGAGUGACUGUAUGGUCAUGUUUUAUUUAUUUAACUUGACAUUCAUCUUAACUCUAUGUUUGUAGUUAGUUGCUGGAGCUGAUGAUGGCUCAUCAGAGAAGCACAUGUAUUUUUGAGAGGGAGGCUAUUGAAGCAUAAAGAAAAAUCAAAGAAGAAAAGUACAAAAACCUAGUUCCACCUAUCUGGUUGGCGAAGAUGAUGUGCUGCCAAUCUGGGAGUCUGCGACUUCAAAACUUGAUGUCAUGGAUUUUUUGGUUUCAGUAUUUUUAGCUCCCAGGCAGCAUUGAACUCUUUCAAAGACAAUACCCCCCCCCUCCCCCUUUCAUGUUUCACAAUUACAAUGGGAAUUUAGAACACUGAACAUGCUAAAAAUAGUAGGAGGUGACAUGCUACCAAAAUUGAUUGCAUAAAUUUUGAUUUUUGUGUGCUGCUUGUGAUGUUUAGUAGAAAUGGUAGGUGCCUGCCAACAUGGUGUAGUCCAGCGAUUCUCGACCUUUUAUGCUCGGCGAGCCCUUUGUACAAUCCUCCACUCUGCUGCCCCCCCCCCCCCCCACACACACACACACAGCAAUAGAAGAAUGGACAAUAACAAUCCAUAUUUUCAAAGGUCUUAGGCGACCCCUGGAAAAUCAUCACGACCCACAGGUUGAGAACCCCUGGUGUAGUCCAACUUAACUCUAAUAUUUGUUACUUUGAAUACUCAUUGAGAACAUCCCAGAGAAGACUUGAAGUAUCUUGUUAUAUAUCCCAGUGUGGAUUUAAUUUAACAUGCCAGUGUUUAUCAUUAUGUAUUUUUAUCCUGACUGAAAAGGAACAAAAUUAGUUCCUUUAAAGAAAAGAUUUUGUUGCCAGAACACCUAAAAGGCAGGAAAAGGAAACUUGACUAGGUGUGACGUUAAGUAUAAUCAGCAGCGCAGAUAUCAAAUUCUUCACUCUAAUAUAGGUCUUUGGGCACUAUAUUUACCCAGUUAGGGCUGGUGUUUUGAGUGAAAAAGUGGCGUUUUGAUUUAUUUUCAGUAUUCCUAAGCUUUUGUUAAAUAAUUUUUCGUGUAUUGGCUCUCAUUCUUAUUUUUGAAAGUUUAAAUAAAUCUUUAAAUCAACAUAGGUAUUUAUUAAACUUAAUAGAAAUAGCUUUUCAAUAGCAUUAAUUUUUUAUUUUUGCAUGUUUGCUUAAUUUUCUUCAUCUGUUCCUAAUAUUGAAAUUCUAGUUAGAUCUUUCAUACAAAUACCCUUAGUCUCUUCAAAACUCACCUGAUCAGAUAGUCAAAUUCUUUUAACCACAAAUUAUUCAUUUGUAUUUUUUUAAAGGAAGUGGGAUAUCUAUGUGUGUGAAGGCCAUAAAUUUAACUUGGGUAAGAUCAUUUAGACCUUCAGCAUCAGAGGGAUUAAAAAUAAAGUACAUAAGUUUCAGGUUAAGAGAAAGUUUAUCUGUCCAUUAAACUAACCAUCCCCUAGUUUAGUGCUAUAGUAAUAAUAUGCAUGUGUGAUUUCUGACAAUAUGUACACAUUUAUUUGUGUUCUGUUUUUAGUGUUGAUGCUCAAUAUAUACUUGUUUGUUUUAAUUUAAAUGUCUACAGAAACAACUGUGCAAUGUGAACUUUUUUUUUGUUUAUUUAUGACAGAACAAAAACCGAAGAGUAUCAAAUUUGUCAAAGUCUUUUCAAAGACUUGAUAGUUUUUAACAAAAUCAUGUGAAUCUGUUGAUGACAGGAAUGAUAACAAUUUUAAAUUUUUAUGUUAUUUUAAAAUAAUUUUAUUUUAUAAUUGACAUCUCUAUAUAUAGAUAGAGAAGCCCUACUUAAUGGCUACCUGGUUGUUUGGUCUGCGCUCUGGAGCAUUAUUUGGUUGCAGUGAUGCAAGGUUCAAACCCUGCCCAUUGCCAUACUGUUGUCCUGUGGGUGGUUUGGGAUAGGAUGUAAUUAUCUUCAAAGUCUGAAAGAACAUCUGAAACUUGUAAAGCAAACUAUAGCAAGCCUAGUGGGUACUGUUUUCUAUGUUCAUAAAAAUUGCAGACAACUGGCAUAUUAGCAUCCCUGGCUGUGGAUGUUUUAUAGAUGAGCUUAUCAAGAACAAAGUAAAGCUUAUUGCUAUUUAUAAUUGACUUCCUCAUUCAGGAUGAUUUAUGAAUGACAAUGUAAAUACUUCAGCGCACAUCCUUCCAGAACCUUCAUCCAGUCUCUUUUUUUGGUUUGGUUUGCAAAAUGUAUUUUGUUGUUUAAAUUUUGACUAAGCAAAUAUAUACUUGUUCCACAUAUAAUCCAACUUUUGUCUAGAUAUACACAUUUUUUUUUACACUAUUGUCUUAGGGAUUUGUUAAAAACGUGCACUUUCUAUUAAUUUUCCAACAGUGAAGACAUUUUGUGUCUUGCCUUCACUCAAUAGCCUACUUUUCAUACACAAAGCCUAGAACCUUAAAAACAUCUGACCAUUAAAUAGGAAAGUGCAUGUGUAAAAUAGGAGACCGAACUUUGAACAUGGUGCAAUACUUUUUCUUGUUGCCAACUCUUGUGCCGAGGAAACAAGACAGACAAUGAUGUUUAUGUUUAUUUCCCACUGGUCAUUAGACUUUCAUCAGGGAUGCAUAAUAGUGUUAGUAAAUUUAUUGUAUUUUAAGUUAUUCAGCUUAGAUUUGCAAUUGUAGUCUGUUAUUUGUUACCAUGAAGUAGUUUAAGUAUCUAGUUAUAGGUUGAAUUUUGUUUAUUUUAUGUAUAACAUCUAGAUCUAAUGGAUAAAGCUCUUCCAUUGAAAUGUGCAAUUUGAAAAAAAAAAAAAGAGGCUAACUAUAACCAUGUUUUUAGCACUUUCAAUUUAUUUCCCUUGUCAAUAAAUUUCACUACUAAUUCAA